AUGAAGUUGCUCAUACUCAUUGCUGCUGUUGUAUUGCUCGCGGCCGCCUAUGGAUACCCGGGGCCCAUGAUGGCCAAGGAAGGAGCCACCAAUUUCGAGCUCCAACUUGACAUCAGACCAGUCAAAUCGAUUAUUCGAACCGUGAAGACCGGAAAGCAGAUCUGGAAUUUCUCGGGACCAAAUAAGGGCCAAUGGGUUGAUGAGAAAGGAAAGAAAAUCGAGUCGUCCAAUUAUUCCAUCAAAAGCCCGGCGACGCUUGUUAUCAAGAAAGUCACCAAGGCCGACGCCGGAAUUUACGACUAUGAGGAAAGACCGGAAGAUAUUAUGACACCACCGCCGGGAGUUCACGUCGAUCCUGGAAUGCGCGGAUACAAAUUGGAUGUUUUGUAA